AUGCCUCCCAUAUCGUUUAAACCCGUCUCGUCGCUACGCUCGCACUUUGAAAGUAUGAGCAAGGCAAAGGAGGGCAACCCCGCCCUCCAAGCCGCCCCUCUCCGGCCCAUUUCUCCAGCCCCGAAACAACUCGCCGUCCGCGAGGCCCACCCCGAGCGAGAAACUGUACCUACACCCCCGCCCCUGCCCAAGAACCGGCCGACACUCAACGCCAUCAAGCUUCCAAGUAGCAGCAACAACAUUGGCGAUGCCGUCCGUCCCAAGUCACCCACGCGGCCGGCGGUUCCGCCACCUACCUUUAGUCCGCGGCCCGGGAGGCCCCGAGCACACCGCUUUCCUCAACCCCGAAUCUAUCACUGCCGCAACGACCCCGCAAGCUCCCCUCGAACAUUCAAGAUCCCUAGUCGCACCCAUUCGCCGGUUCUCGAUCCCCGGCGGCUCUCGAAAACAACUGGCUCUAACCCGCCGUCACCCCCACCACCUCGCCGAUCCGGAGAGUUCAAACGAGAGAUGAAGCCCGUUCCACCGCCAGUGAACCGCGCCGAAAAGCCCACGAUCUUGUCGAGGCACUCCAUGAUCGCCCCUCGGCCUCAGAACGGCAUCAUCCAUACCCCACAGUUAACCCAGGAGACGUCCCCAUUCAGCAGCCCGCCGAGCAGCCCCGAGAGCAGCGACGAUGAGGCUCCUCCUCCCAUUCCUCGUAGACCCCGACCCCAGUCGGAGUACUCUCAAUCGCGAAGCCAAGGCUGGAAUACGUUUGAGCCUCCUCCAGUGCAUCCAGCCGUUCUGAGGCGGCCUGAGCGAGAGGCCCAACAAGCGCCCAGGUCAAAUAUAUCCCCCAAUACUCGGGUGAACGUCGCCCCGCCCUACCAACAAGACCGCAGCACGCUGCUGCGGAGAUACCGCCUCGUCCGGCUCCAAUCAAUAGCACCGGGAAGGCACCUCCCCUCGGCCUCCUCGGCCUACGGUAAAUACAAACUCAAAUUUUGUCGAAAGCGCCUCAGCUCCGCCUAUUCCAUCCUCCGCCACCCGAAUGAUAUCGCCAUCGAUUAA